AUGGCUACCACGACGCCGCUGCGCCAUCUGCCCGGCGCGUUUAUCAAUACUCCCGCGCCCGCCAAUGAUGCCACACGACGCAACCUCUUCGGGGAUGCAACAGCCGGGGGCCCGCGAGGAGGGCCUCUAGGACGGGACCCCCCGAGGCCGGCCACGGAUCCGUUCCGUCCUCUCGGCGCUGCUGGUCAACCGCAACCACCUGGUCCGCCUGCACCGCCCGCGCAUCAGAUGGUCCCUGACAAUGCCGCUCAACCCCCGGUGCUCAGAGCUGCCAAGGUGGUCAACGACCUCUUGCAGCUCGACGGCAGCUACCCGGAGCUGAACUCGUUGUGUCAACUUCGCACCUCAUCCGAUUACGAUCUCGCGACCGUCGACCCAGGACUUGCCCCCUUCCACAAGCCCACCAUGUACCCGAUCCCAGACCGGGUCUUCGAGAACUUCGAUCGCGGCCAGAUUGCGACAAACAUGGGACUGUUCACCGAGAUAAACCAUGCUUGGGUUACUAUUGAUAACGCGCUCUAUCUCUGGGACUACACUCAUCCAGACCCAGAACUGAUUGGAUAUGAAGAGUCGCCCCAUACCAUCACAACCCUGGCUCUGGUGCCCCCAAAGGCUGGCGUCUUCGUCGACACAAUCACACAUAUAUUAGUGCUCGCGACUGCAACAGAAAUGAUUCUUCUCGGCAUCGCUGCGACACCUACGCCCAACGGCUCCCACGCUGUCAACCUCUACUCGACCAGGAUGACGCUACACAAGGGCAGCCUCGAUGUGAGCUUCAUUGUUGGCUCUGCCGACGGUAGAAUCUUCUUUGGCGGCAACAACGACACCGAUGUGCAUGAGCUCUACUAUCAGCAGGAGGAGAAGUGGUUUUCCAGUAGGUGUGGAAAAAUCAACCAUACACACCCAGGAUGGUCUUCGGUGGUGCCCAGUCUACCUCAUCCGAGCACACUUUUGCCCAGCCCAAGUGCUCUCUGGGCGCCAAAGACGAACGAGUCCCUGGCCGAUAUGGUGAUUGACGACAGCCGAAAACUGCUAUACACACUCUCCAAUGCCUCAACCAUCCGGGUCUAUCAACUCGAGGGCCUGCACAAGUUGACGAAGUGCAUCGAGAAGGACAAGACAACGUGCUUCAAUGAGACGACUCACUUUGUUUCCGGAUCACCACUGUUGACAAACAACUUGACCAUCGUAUCGAUUAGUCCGAUCUCAUCGAAGGAGAGUUUCAAUCUGCACCUGGUAGCUCUGACCAGCACUGGCUGCCGCAUCUUUCUGAGUGCUACCAGCUCAUCAUCCACGUCAGGUGCCGCCCCACAGAGCAUGCAGGUUCAAUUUGUCAAAUUCCCCCCCUCGGCCGACCAGGCUCCUCACGCGCAGCAGGCUGUUGAUGGCGCAUAUCUGAACGUGAAUUCUCAGGCUCUCACGACGAGCAGGUUUGGCCAACGAUUUGCGCCCGGCUAUUUUUUCGAUUUUGUUGCGAAAACGGACAACCCUAACACUGAUAUCCUGUUCGUUUCCGCUCCGGAGACUGGUCGUAUCAAAUUGCAACACGGCACUGUUGCACACAACGAGAGGGCCAUGAGGUAUUAUGAGAGCGCAAACUUCAUCGACCUCGGCCCAGGAGUGAAAGUCCUUGCUGUAGGAUCCGUUACACCACCUUUCGCGGCGGCUGGACAACCUGUUGGUUUCGGGAAUGAACUCGCCGUUCAAUUCGACCAGUCUCCUUCCGAGUUUGCUAUAAUGACUAAUAUGGGCAUCCAUAUCAUCCGAAGACGGAGGAUGGUAGAUGUUUUUGCGACAGUCAUACGGAAAUCUGCAAGUGACGAUGCUGUCAAGUACGAGACGACGCGGUUCAUUCACCUCUACGGCCGCAACGAAACCGUUUCCACGGCUCUUGCUAUCGCUUGCGGUCAAGGCAACGAUCUCCGCAACGGCGCCGCCCGUGUGAUUGACCAAGUCACGCAAGACCGUGCAAGAUCUGUUUUCAUCGAUUUCGGAGGUGACCCAACGGUCACAGAGACAGACUCGAUUACCCUGUCUUCUCGACACCACGCUUUGGGUCUGUAUUUGACCCGCCUGGUCCGGAUGUUGUGGAAGUCGAGAGUCAUCCAACAGAGUACAAAUGCGACCGGUGCUGUUGUCGUUGACUCGACUGUCCCUCUGACCAAAUUAAACUCUGUUCAAGAGAACUUGGAUCGUCUGCGGAAUUUCCUUGAUGCCAAUCGCGGCGUUAUCAAGGGCCUUAAUGGCCCCCAGGACCUUGCCAACGCACAGAACCGCCUCGCAGAGAUAGCUAUGCAGUCUGAGCACCAGGGAUUGCACUCUUUGCAAAGGUUGAUGGAAAACAUUGCUGAAGGAAUCUCAUUCGUAUUAAUGCUCUUUGACGAGCGUGUGGCGGAAAUCUUCGUUCGCCUAGACGCGCCGACGCAAACUCAGCUCCGGGAGCUCACCUAUGAACAACUCUUCUCUCAAGAAGCGGGCCGGGACCUUGCAAAGCUUCUAGUCAAGGCCAUCGUCAACCGAAACAUCGAGAGUGGCGCGAAUGUGGAGACCGUUGCUGACGCUUUGCGGAGGCGGUGCGGCAGUUUCUGCAGUCCGGACGACGUAGUUGUCUUCAAGGCCCAAGAGCAAUUGAAGAGGGCGUCGGAACAGGCUGGUAAUCCCAAUCACCUUCGGCAACUGCUUGGGGAGAGUUUGCGUUUGUUUGAGCGUGUCGCCGGCAGCCUCACCCUGGCUAAUCUCCAUGGUGCUGUUCAGCAAUACCUCGACCUGCAGUACUACGCAGGGGCAAUUCAGCUGUGUCUGAGGGUGGCUCAAGAGAAGGACCGUGGGAACUCGGCUCUGUCGUGGAUCAACGAUGGCAGACCCCCUAAUGACGCUCGGCAGGCGGCUUUCAAUGAGCGCAGGAGUUGCUACGACCUUGUUCACGAAGUGAUGCAAAGAUUGGAUGAAGUAUCCGCUCGUGAGCCGGAACUCGUCGACGGACGCCUGACCUUGUCUGCCACCAAGCGCAAUGAGGCCUACAACGUCGUCAACGGCUCUGACGACGAGGUGUUUCACUUCGACCUGUACGAAUGGUACAUCGAACAGAAUUGGACCGAUCGCAUCCUCGCUAUCGACUCGCCGCACGUCAUCACCUUCCUUAAGCGACUGGCAGCCACAGAGGCGCGUCAUGCUGACCUUCUCUGUCGCUUCUAUACACACCGUGGCAGGUUCUAUGAGGCUGCUGAAGUCCAGGCUGAAUUAGCGAAGAACGAGGUUCUCCAAAUAGGAAUUAAGGACCGCAUCACCCUGCUGAGUCGUGCCAAGGGCAAUGCCAGUGUGUCUACGGUUGGUAUCAGCAGGCAGCAUCAGCAGGUUUUGAACCACGAUGUCACCACAUUGUUGGAGAUUGCGCAUAUCCAAGAUGACCUUCUCGAGAGGCUCAAGGCGGAUGAGCGGAUCCCAGCCGAUCGCAAGGGCGACUGCGAGCAGGCUCUGAACGGCCCUAUACUUUCGUUGACAGAGCUAUUCAAUGGUUUUGCCGAGCCAGCCAAUUACUACGACCUCUCCCUACUCAUUUACCAUGCAGCCGACCAUCACGCCCCGCGGCUCAUUGCUGACACAUGGCGCAGCCUCAUCAAUGCGGCGCAUUUUGAGACGGAGGAAGCACACCGCUUGUGGGAGGAGAGGGGUCGGCCUGCCGACGACCCUGAUUUCGGCCCGCCUCCCUUGCCCUAUGAACAUGUGGUCAACAAGGUUCAGGACAUUGCUCACAGGACCAGCCUAAACAACCAUGUCUUCCCGAUCGAUACUGUUCUGACGAUCUUGUGCGAGUACGCAAUCACGCAGAAUCAAAAUGAGGACAUCCAAGCCGAUCCAAACUGGCCUGUCUUGCUCUUUGUCAACAACCUUGGCGUUGCGCAUGCCAUCGUCACCCGUGUGCUUGAACGCAUACUCGAUGCACAGGAGGCACCCUUCACAGGCCGGCGUCGAAAGGUCGUGGUCCGGUGGAUCCUGGCUGUCUGCGAGUUAUGGGUGCGCGAGGUGGAACGGCGGGGCCUAGACGGCCAGCUUGGGGGAGGGAAUAUCGGACGCUGGACGGUGCAGCUGCUUGGCAGGGCCGUGCAGACUAUGGAUGAGAUCCUUGAGACCGAAAGGGCUGCUGGUAGGCCAGAGCAUGCGAGAGAGGCUCAGGGCCUGAUGGGUGGUGCUAGGGAACUGGCGGCCAAGAUCAACCAGGUGCUUGGGCUGGAAGAGGUUAGGCCUGGGCGCGGUGGCUGGUGA